CGAAUUUUUUUCUCCAACUCAUUCCUCCACUAAUCAUUAAAAGACAAGUAUUUUUCUCGAUACUUUCGCGAUUUUAAAUAGUAAAAUUUCUUCUAUUAGUGUAGAACAAUGAAUGGUGAAUGAUUGCUUCAUCAAGUUAAGUUAACCAAGUAGUUUAGAACAGUGAUUGAGUCAGGGUAGUGGAUUAUAGUUUUCAGUUCGUGAAGGUCAAACCAAAUCCAAAACAACAAUGGAUGAUCACCAGGGCAAUCCGCUGAAUACUAAAAUCAAUUGCUUGAUUGAGAAGGUAUUUCUCAUUACGUUGAGCAAGAAUCCCCCGAAGAGUGCACGCAGCCGGCAGCAGUUGGUGUUCAUGGAGGAAGUGGCCCAGGGAUGUGGCGACCCAGCUCUGCUCAAUCUGGAACUGCUGGAGCAAGCACUGUUCGAGAGGAUCCUUCUGUUCAAUCCGACGGACUAUUUGAUUCCGAAUAAUGUGACGACGGCGGAAACGGAGGACGUUGCCCAAACUAAGGUUGUACUAUAUCUGUAUGGAUGUUACGUGAGAAACGAGCGAACGAGGAACCAGAACGAUUCCAUCGCGACCGACACAUGCCAGAAGAUGAAGGGACUGAUUUUGAGGAAUGCUUGCACGGCUCUCAAGCAGCCGGAUCUAUUCGAGGGCCAGAACUUGUCCAAUCAGAUACUGGAUAUCUUCAAACUGGGAGACGAAGACCAGAACUUGAAAGAGCUGUUCAUUUCGGAAACGGUGAAGGAAGUGUUUGCCGAUUCGGAUAGUGAGCAGGAGGGAUUUGAGGCGGUCAGGGGGGUCUUCUAUCCGACGUUCUUGGAAGUGAUGAAGUCGCUGAAAAGCGCUUCGCUGGUCAGUAUGGAGCGGUGGAUUAUGCCAUUCCUGCAGGUGUUUGUCAGCGACAAAAACAAUCCUCGGUUGGGGCAUUUGUUCUUGGAUUUCACUAGCCCUCCGGUGGGAGCUGAAGGUAUCAAAUAUUCCGAAUCACUGUUGGGUCAACUGCUGUCGCUAUCGAUUAUGCCUCGCAACCACAAUGGACCGUACGAAUUUUUCGAAAAUCCAUUAAAUACGAACCGCUCGGCCUACGAUAAUCUCUCGUCAUCGCUGUGGAACUACACAAAGCUACAUCUGGAAUCGAUGCACACGUUUUUUAAAGGAUUCCUGCUUAUUGGAGGGGACGUUCGGAGUAAAAUACUGGAUUGGAUCGGGAAAUGCUUGCACGCAAAUGUGCCUCGUGGACAAAUCUGGAACACCCACCAGAUGCAAAGUAUUUUCGGGAAUAUGACGACGGCCCCGGAUUCGUUCAGCGUGAAUUUCGCCGGAGUUUUGCUACGUUUAUGUCAGCCCCUGCUCAAACCGCAGCUCAAGGUUCUGAUUGUUGAUCCGACAUAUUGCUCGGUGAAGGAACCCGAAAAAGCCGCCAAAGGUGUUCACAUGAAGGAUACUGAAAAGGAAACGUGCCUGCUGCCGGUCGAGGAAAAUGAGGAACACUUGGAAGCGGACAAGUACAAUUUUGUGACGGAGUGCUUCUUCAUGACGCACAAGGCCAUUGAUCUUGGUUUCCGGGUGUGCAUCGAAAAGUUCUUCCGGAUGAACCGAGAGCUUCAUCGACUUCAGGGAGCCUACCAGGAUGCGCUGGCAGGAGGAGGAGCGGACGUGUCCGGCAACAUCAUGCAAAUGCUGUCCAGUCAAACGCAGCAGUUCCUAUGCCUACAGAAUCUCCUUCGGGAGCCGUCGACUGAUCUGCUGUUGCUGCAGUUUUACGAAGCUUCUGCCAUCUGGCUGAGUCAGUUGGCUUCGAGGGAAGCUUGCAAGAUUGAUGGAUUGGACAAGGCCAAAGGAUAUGCACCACAGACCGUAGACGAAGUGAAGUUACCACUUAGAAAUGAAAUUUCCAAGGUUUUGAAAUGCAUUCCCGAGUACAUAAUGGAAAAUAUCGUGGGAUAUUUGCAAUUCUCCCGGCAUUUUGACAGCCAACCGCUUCGAGUAGACGUAGAUGCUCAAAACAACAUCUUUGCCAUGAUUUUGGUUUUCAUGGGUUCAUCCGAGCGCAUUCGAAAUCCUCAUCUCCGUGCACGUCUCGCCGAAGGUCUGGAAAGCCUUUUGCCCAAGGAAACUGAAUCCGGUGGAUUUUGCUUCAGCGCAGCACUCUUCACCAAUCACGUGCACCGGCUGGAAAUUAUUCCCAAUCUGCUGCGGGUCUUUGUCAGUAUCGAAAUGACCGGCCAGAGCGUUCAGUUUGAGCAGAAAUUUAACUACCGCCGUCCGAUGUAUGCCAUAAUGGAUUACCUUUGGAAAAUAGACGAACAAAAGCAAUGCUUCCGAGCGUUGGAACGGGACGCAAUCCGAGACAUCGAAGCUGAAGAUCCUCCGAUUUUCCUGCGGUUCAUUAAUCUUCUGAUCAACGAUGCCAUUUUUCUGCUAGACGAUUCACUCAGCAAUCUGCAGCAGAUUCGACAGUUGCAAGCAGCCGAAGACGCAGGAGAAUGGGCCUCCCUUCCGGCCAACGAACGACAGCAGAACGUUUCAAAUCUCCGGCAUUUGGGAAUGCAUGCUCGAUUCGAUAACAUUCUCGGACGGGACACAAUCAACAUCCUGCAGCUGCUAACUUCUGAGACGCAGGACAUCUUCUGUCACUCGUCGAUGGUUGACCGGGUGGCGGCGAUGUUGAACUACUUCCUGCUGAAUUUGACCGGCCCGAAGAAGGGCAACUUCAAGGUGAAGGAUAAGAAAGAGUUCGAGUUUGAUCCGGCCAAUACGGUGCUGGAGAUCUGUCGGAUCUACACGAAUCUACAGGAGUGCAAUGCGUUCUGUUUGGCCGUCUCGCAAGACGGCCGGUCCUACAGUCCGAAACUGUUCGAGUAUGCAGAGCAGGUUCUGACCCGCAUCGGUGGAGGCCAACUGAUUGGCGAAAUCCAAGAAUUCGCCGCCCGCGUCCUGCAGCUGGAAAAGCAGCAGAAAAUCGACGAAGAGGCCCUGAUGGAUCCACCGGACGAGUUCCUGGACCCGAUCAUGUCUGCGCUGAUGAUGGACCCGGUCAUUCUGCCCAGUUCCCGAAUCACCGUCGACCGAUCCACCAUCGCCCGGCAUUUGCUGUCCGAUCAGUCCGAUCCGUUCAACCGAUCGCCGCUGACGAUGGACCAGGUCAAGCGGGACGUUGAACUGAAGACGAAAAUUGACACCUGGAUCCAAGAGAGACGGGCGGAACAUGCAGCCAAAAUUACUAGCUCCACUGCGGAAGCGAGCGCAGAAGCGGAGUAGAUUCUCUUCUCAGAGCGAUCACUAGCCAUAACGAAACUAUACUAUCUUUAUCCCUAAGUGGUUGUUGUCUGUGAGGUAAGUGCAAUUGAUGUACUAUUUUCCUGAUGAUUGGGUUUCUGUAGUGUUUUGUUUCGCCUACCUGUUUUCAAAUGAAGGUUUUAUGUGUUCGUAGUGAAAAAAGAUUCUGUACUGGGUUGGGCUUCGCUUGCGUAAGUCGCGAGACACGUGAUCAGUGAACGUUAUUUAUAGCUAAAAGAAGGUUAAUUUUCUACUCUCUCAAAGUUUUUUUUUUUGUUAUUUUGAAGUGUCUUUCUCGCUUUAUACCAGAGCUGGGAUUAAGGAAUACCGAA